AUGGUCGGCCUCAUCGCGCCAGGCGAUUCACCUGGUGGACCUUCACCGCCGCAGGCCUCAUCAUCGGCCUCCUCGCGCCGGGCGAGUCACCUAGUGGACCUUCACCGCCGCGUGUCUCAUCGUCGGCCUCAUCGCGCCGGGCGAUUCACCUGGCGGACCUUCACCGUCGCAGGCCUCAUCGUCGGCCUCCUCGCGCCGGGCGAGUCACCUAGCGGACCUUCACCGCCGCGGGUCUCAUCGUCGGCCUCAUCGCCUGACGGACCUUCGCCGCCGCAGGCCUCAUCGUCGGCCUCAUCGCCCGGCGGAACUUCGCCGCCGCAGGUCUCAUCGUCGGGCUCUUCGCGUCGGCCUCAUCAUCGGGCUCUUCGCGUCGGCCUCAUCGCCCGAUGGACCUUCGCCGCCGCAGGCCUCAUCGUCGGCCUCCUUGCGCCGACAUCAUCGCCUGGCGGACCUGCUCCAUCACGGGCCUCAUCGUCGGCCUCCUCGCGCUGGCCUCAACGACCGGGCGAUGAUGUUGGCGCGAGGAGGUCAAUGAUGAGGCAUGCGGCGGCGAAGGUACGCGAGGAGGCAGACAGACGUUGA